CGAACCACAGACAGGAAGUGUUUCUCGUCGGACCGGAUGUAAUCCUGUGUUUCAUGAAACUGAAAGGCGCCGAGCUGAAACCUGUGUCCGGUGUUCUGACCGUUAAACUCUCCUCCGGGACUCACCGGGAGGUCUGUGCUGAAUCCACCGACCGACCGGCUGCUGUCGUCACCGUCCGUCCUCGUGUCUCUCCGCUGACCCCCGGAGCCGUUAACCGGAGCUGUGUCCAUCAUGGCGGCGGGAGGCGGCGCGGCUCCUCCGCACGUCGGUGAUGUUGAAGAAGACGCUUCUCAGCUGCUGUUUCCCAAAGAGUUUGAGAACGCAGAGACUCUGCUGAACUCAGAGGUCCACAUGUUGCUGGAGCACAGGAAGCAGCAGAACGAGAGCGCCGAGGACGAGCAGGAGCUGUCCGAGGUUUUCAUGAAGACCCUGAACUACACGGCUCGAUUCAGCCGCUUCAAGAACAGAGAGACCAUCACCGCCGUGCGCAGUCUCCUCCUGCAGAAGAAGCUUCAUAAGUUCGAGUUGGCCAGUUUGGCAAAUCUGUGUCCUGAAGCUGCAGAAGAGGCCAAAGCCCUGAUCCCCAGUCUUGAGGGUCGGUUUGAAGACGAGGAGCUGCAGCAGAUCCUGGACGACAUCCAGACCAAGAGAAGCUUCCAGUACUAAGACCAGAUCCAGGACGAGGACCAGGAAUGCUCUCCGGGCUCUGCAACUCCUGGUUUUGCUCCUCUGACCCCCAAUUCUCUCUACGGUUUUACAUCCAGGAUGACUGAAUUGAACUGAUGUCUGAUGAUAUGUGGCUCCUGAUGAUCCAGACUGAUCAGGUUUUGAUUGAUUUAUAAACAGAGUCGGUCUCCAUGUUUUCACUGAGCAGCUCUUCUUCUUCUUCUGUCACAAUAAACUCUGAUUUCUUUUUUUUUAA